AUGAGCUACCCAAUACAGGGAUCGUCUUCCCAGCCUUAUGGCGCUUACACCUUCGACACACCUGUCAAGCGCCGACAGCGACAGCAAUACACGGCGGCCUCACAAAAGCAACAGCAGCAACGCAGAUCCCAGCCCACCCACGUCCAACCACGCGAAAACGUCGCGGAUGCCUACACAUGGAAUGCAGCAGCUAAGCCGAACAAGCCCAACUUGAAAGAGUCGCCGCUCAAAGAUGCGGCGCCAGGGGCAGCACAACUUGAUGCCCCCUCAUCUUGGCUUGAAGGACGCAAGUAUGCCGUUCUUAUCGAUGCUGGCUCUUCUGGUUCUCGUAUGCAAGUCUACUCUUGGAAAGAUCCCAAGUUGGAACGUGCAUUGCGAGCCAAACAAGGCUUGGACGCGACAGUACUGCCCAAAGUUGAGAAGGGAACAUGGGAGAACUCGGGCAUGGACUGGAGUCUGAAAGUGACGCCCGGUCUUUCCUCAUUCGGCGAUCGCCCAGCAGAUGUGGGCAAGUAUCUGAAAGGUCUUCUCGAUCAUGCAGAGAAGAUCGUGCCACCCUCCGCAUGGGCAGACACUCCCAUCUACGUAAUGGCAACUGCAGGCAUGCGCUUGCUUCCCAAACAGCAACGCGAAGCCGUGCUCGCUGAAGCAUGUCGCUACAUUCGCCAACACACUUCCUUCAGCAUUGACGGCGGUGGAUGCGACGAGCACGUACAGGUCAUUACCGGAGAAGAGGAGGGUCUGCUCGGCUGGAUCUCGAUCAAUUAUCUCAUGGAUGGCUUCCACAUCCGCGGCAAGAAGCCAUCGCUUGCUGGCGAAACCGAUAUCAUGGAAGGCAAGUCCACUUUCGGUUUCCUCGACAUGGGCGGUGCCAGUACACAGAUUGCCUUUGAGCCAAGCAAGAAGGCUCUCCAGGGCGAAGGUGCAGCCGCUGAAGCAGAACUCACACCCGUCUCUUUACGCAUGCUUGACGGCACCGAGGUCUCACACAAAGUGUUUGUGACGACCUUCCUCGGCUACGGUACAAAUCAAGCAAGGCAGCGCUACAUCGACCUUCUCCGCUCUAUCGACGGCAAUUCGCAAAACAGCAAACACGCAUUGCCUGACCCUUGUCUUCCUAGCGGACUGCAGCUUUCAGAUGUGGAAGGCAAACCAGAUGUUGCCCUCACAGGCACUGGCAACUUCACCGCCUGUCUCGAGUCGAUGCACCCUCUUCUUGACAAGGAAGCAGCAUGCACCAAGCCACCCUGUCUCUUCCACGGCGUCCACGUCCCCAAGAUCGAUUUCAGCGUCAACCACUUUAUCGGCGUUUCCGAAUACUGGUUCAGCGCCCAAGAUGUUUUCGGUCUCGGCGGUGUCUAUGACUUUGUUGACUUCCAGAAGGCUGCCAACGAGUUUUGCAGUAAGCCAUGGGCAAAGCUCAAACACCAUCUCGAUGCAGGCGAUCUGUUUGGGCCAGAAGUGCAACUGAACCGCUUGCAAACGCAGUGCUUCAAAGCCGCAUGGAUGGUCACCGUGCUGCAUGAGGGUAUCGGCAUUCCACGUAUUGUCGACCACAAGGGUGCAGGUGACGGUACAGACCAUGCAGACGAAGCUCAGGGCAAGGGCGAGCAGAAGAACCUCUUCCAGAGUGUCAACGAUAUCGAUGGCUUCUCCGUCAGCUGGACGCUUGGCAAGGCUGUAUUGGAAGCAAGUCGUGACAUCCCACCCGCCCCCGGCUCGCUUCCAUCUCCGUUCGACGAGUUGAACAAAGCUAACUCGAAGUUGGGCAAAUGGGACCCCUUUCGACCCAAGUGGCCUACUACGGGUGAAGGAUCAGCUUUCCCUCCUGCUUUGGGUGCAGCCAGGCGUCACGUCAGCCCUGUAUCAAUGAUCAUCAUGGUUGCCGUGUUCCUGGUUUUGUUGAUCACUUGUGUUUGCACUCGAGGACGUGGACCACGAGCCAGCAGGAGACGGGCAGCCAUCAAGGAGAUGCUACCGCCACCUCUGGGCACUUUCGGCGGUCUCUGCAGCUCCAAGCGCAGCCCUCGUGGCGACUACGUUUUGGCUAGCAUGGAAGAAGCAGCAAGCGGUGACAUCUCGAAACGUGGGUUUUGGUCCAAGCUCGGCAAGCGAGCCGACACGAAAGACUACAGUCCCACUAUGGAAGCAGAGUUCGGGUUCAGCUCGGAAGGCAGCUCGGAAGAAAGCAGCGGUUCGAGCGGAUCAGCUGGUCGUGGCUCUCGUUCAUCUUCACGCAAACGCUCCACUGGUCUCCUUGGCGUACUAGGAUGGCCGGUACGAAGAGUAGCUCUUAGCAUCAUAUCCAUCUUCCCUUCGCUUGCUCCACGACGCACAACCAAGUCUAAGAAACGCACUUCGACUUUACUUUUAAGCCGAGAUUCCAGCGACAACCUCUUAGGUCAUGGCGCCCGUAUCGCAGCAAGAAAAGGAGCUUCAACACCGACAACAGUCCGCGUCUCUCGACCCGCAUCGCCCACUUUCACCAGUAUCACAUCGGGCACUGCCAUCUCACGUCCUGCUUCCAGAACAUCGAGUCGAGCACCCACACCAGUGCUGGGACACCGACUCACAUCAGCAACGCUUUCGACCCGAUCAGGGCUUACUACGCCUGGAGGCAGCGUUUUGGCCAGCAGCGUUGCGGCACCCGGUGCACUUUCCCCUUCAGGUCCUGGCUCGCCUCUGGGUGAACGCCACGGCACACGUCCAGGUCUGUUCUCUGCUUCGCUCAGCCGUGCUCAUUCAGUCACGGACAUGACUACGAUUGAGUCUGGCUUAUUGGGCGCACCAACGACAAGAACACCUUCGGGACAAGGCUCACCAGCACCACCUCACCUCAGUCCCAUGACUGAGUUGCGUAGUGGUGAUGGUUCUCCUUGA